AUACCACGUUCGAUUGACAGCACCAAUAAAGGCGAAUUUACUAGCGAAACGAAGUGGCACCGAAAAGGUCGUCUAAUGAUCGUGCGCGCUUCCUAUACGCGUGAUUGAUUCAAAAUCUUUAGUAUAAAGGAAAACGCAUUAAUACAUCAAUCAUUAAACAUCGGUUAAGAUGAGAAAUGUCGGUCGACGCCUUGGGGAAAACAAGAGAGCACUCUUCAGUCUCUAAGGUCUGACAUCGCCAGGCCUAGUGUUCCCAAGUUGGCCGAAAGGUUGGUGAUUAAGAAAGGUAUCAAAGUGAUUUUUGGCAAAACCUUCAACUUGGGAAGUAAAUUUCACUUAUCGUAUCAAGAUGGAAAACGCAAGUAAUAUUAAUCCAAAUGGCUCCAGCUCUUCUUAUGAUUCGUUUGAUUCCGAAGAUGUAAAAGAACUUUCAGCGCAUUCAACGGCGUGGCUGGCCACAGUACCCUUGACCCUAUCAGUCAUAAUCGCUGUUACAAUCAUGGGAAACAUGAUGGUGAUUGCAGCUUACUUUCGGGAUCAACGCAUCAGAAGCAAUGUGGCGAAUCUCUUCAUCCUGAACCUCGCAAUCACGGACUUAAUCGUCGGUACCUUCAUCAUUACCGUUAAUACUUCCUGGAUGAUCAAAGACUCCUGGACUACUGGUGAAAUCCAGUGCAAGCUCUGGUUGAUCGUAGAUUUCACUGUCACCAUGAUGUCCGUGAUAACCAUGGUGCUGAUCAGCUGGGACCGGUACUGUCUUGUGAAGAUGGGGAUGCAGUAUAAGACGUUUCAGACCAAGAAGCGCAUUUACGUGAUCCUCGUUGUUGCUUGGACGUCUGUUGGUCUGUGGUAUUCAUUUCUGACCUUCGCUUGGAGCCCCAUCACCGGAAACUACAACGUGGAUUAUUCACAAGACUGUGAAAUGGAAUUAACAUUCAACGUGGCCGCAACACUUGUCGUGAACAUAUUUGAGUUUUUCAUUCCGUUUACAGUCUUAAUCUUUCUAAACACUGUUGUGUUUAUCAAUAUCAAACGGAGAUCCAAAGGCACCGUAGGACAAAGUCCUUCAACAAAUAGUUCGGUUAGUUCCCCCAAGAAGAGCUAUAAGCAGAAUACCAGGUCGCCCCGACGAGGAAACUUCUGUCAUUCGGAAGAGCCAGCUAGCCAAGGGGUCGAUUCUUGUAAUCCUGCUGCCAACGCAGCUGCUGAUCCAAUUGAAAGUCACGCAGAUGGUGAGGAAACCCUCAAUAAAGAACUAUCUACACAUUCAAAGAAAGAAUGUCGGAUGUUCGCAAGACACCGGAAAGCAGCUUUCGUUUUGUCCAUCCUGAUCGGGUGUUUCCUGCUCUGCUGGUUACCUUAUCAGGUGACGAGCAUAAUGUUUGCUGUUUGCAACACCAACUGCAUUUCGGACAGUAUGUGGGAGAUCACAAAUUCACUCUUGUGGUGUAACUCCACCAUUAAUCCGUUCAUUUAUGCCGCCACUAACGUGCACUUUCGUCGAAACUUUCGGCAGUUUCUGCUCCUCGAUCGCUGGGCUUGUGAUGUGAAACGCUGUAAAGGGAAACUCCAAACGGCAAACAGGAAUCAGGUUGUCACUGAUAACGGUAUGGAUAGCACAGUGACCUGACAUAUAUUACAUUAGAUUUGAAUGUACCUUUAAAUUUGAAGAGCUUUAUUCCCAAAGGGUUUAAAUCCACUUUUAGUUUUUUUUUUAUUGUAAAUCAAGGGUUUUUCAUUGACCACUUUCACUUUUUUUGCAUAUAUGGUAGGAGUAUUGUAUUUUAUCUUUUUGACUAUCUUUAAAGAAAAUCUAGCAAUGAGUUCUAUUACUCAGAUUUCUAAAAAAUUAAAACUUUCGUCGAUUUAGUACCUUUACGGAAUGAAAUUCAUAUCGGCUGUCCUCUUUUCCCCGUUUUAACAAUGUUUUCGAUUCAAAUUGUCAUUUGAAGCACAGUAAUACUGGUAGCAGAAUAUUUUUAUCAUAUUUUCGAAUGUUAUUUGUGGUUAAAUUUUGAAAAUGUUGUUAUUUCCUUUAAAAGCAACGCUUUCGGGUACUUCAUUUAAAGUUUAUCUGUACUAGUUUAUAGGAGGGUUUAGACCACCCUGCCUGUUCACUGGACAGAUGGUUAUCUCAUCAACUGAGCUAUCAAUUAACAUAAGAAAAAGAGGAUCAUGGGGGACCAAUGGUCAUCGAUGUAGAGGGAGCAAGUAGCUACAAGUAGGACAGUGUGGCUUUAAAGAAGGAGCUGAAACAUAACAUUAGUUUCAAUGUUAAAAUAUGUUGAAUUCAUUGACGUUUUGCACGGACUAUUUUGACUAGUAUCUCCGUCUUAUCGUAAAACUAAGCUUAAUGAAACUUGGUUUAAACAAACAAAUUCCUAAUCAACAUAGUGGAUUUACUUCCUUGGAAAUGAAACAAUUUUGAGUCUAGCCCCUUUUGGAAUGAAACAAAAUGUUGUGAUCAAAUUUGUUUAUCUUUCCCAAAAUAUGCUUUUAAAGGUAACAUAGUUCAGUUGUUUACGAUGUAUCAGAUUCAUUAUUUAUCUUUCAGUUUAAUUUUUAAUCAAAAGUGGAUGUAGCCCCUUUUUAAAUCAAUCAUUUAUCUAUGAUAAAUCACAUGUUGUGUUGCAAAAGAUUUACGGUCCUAACUACAUGAAAAUUGGGUGCAUGAGCAUUAGAAAUGUAAUACAAUGGUUGCACAACUUGAUACACGGCUGGCAUUGCGCCUACUUUUCUUGUAGUUCCCGGCAGUCAGUUACAUUCUGUUCUUUCUGUUUCGCCUAAUCCUCGAAAAACUUGUGUUUUAAGGUCAGAUCCGAAGCAGGAACGCAGUGACACCGGUUACCUGUCAUUUUGCCGAAGUUUCAUAAUUCUGAAGAUCCAUUUUUUCGGAAGAUUCGCAAGUCCAUAGGGCUUCUUCAGGUUAAGAAAAUAUGUAGAAGCACUAUGGGCAGGAUGAGCGAAAUUGUGAUACACCAAUACAUUGCCAACACAGGAUUUGUAUGUGUGUGUUGAGU